AUGCCUUCGCUGCCAUCAUUAGAGGCUUUUGCCAAGGGAACUGCUGCUACCGUAGCUGGUGUUGCAACGCUAGGCUGCGGACUACUAUAUUACGGACAAAAUUAUCUCAUUUACCCAUCCGCUUUCCCUCCGGGCUCUCGCACAGAGGUCCCAGUGCCCACGGAUUUUGGACUUGAAUACCAGGAUUUGCCCCUUGUCACUGAAGAUGGGUUUACUCUACGGUGCUAUCUUCUCAUGCAACGGACAGAGAUAAGCAACAGCCACGCUGCACAAAUUGGCUACCCAGACCAACAAACGCAUGAAGAGUUUGCAUCUACACGUCCGACAGUUUUGAUGUUCCACGGUAAUGGCGGAAAUCAUGGUCACCGCAUACCUCUCGCAAAAGUGUUCUACGUCAAAAUGCGAUGCAAUGUACUCAUGCUCUCAUACCGCGGAUAUGGUCAUUCCGAGGGUUCUCCAUCAGAAUCAGGCAUACGUAUAGAUGCUCAAACAGCUCUCAACUAUAUCGCCUCGCACCCAUACCUGAAAAAGACUCCUGUUAUCCUUUACGGCCAAUCUAUUGGUGGUGCUGUCGCUAUUGACCUUUCAAGUCGAAAUCCAUCAAAGAUCACGGCACUAAUCCUCGAAAACACAUUCACAAACCUCCCACGUCUCGUACCUAAAGCUCUUCCGCUUCUUGGCCCUUUUUCGUUCCUUUGCCAUCAAAAAUGGGACUCGGCUUCGAAAAUACCUCUAAUACCCCGGUCGACGCCAAUCUUGAUGCUGAGCGGCGUUAGGGAUGAAGUUGUUCCACGCGAACACAUGCAAGAAUUAUGGCAGAUUGUUUCGCGGCGCCAGGGUACUAAAUCCAGCGGCACUGGAAACAAAUCUGACAUGACUGAAGUUGGUAAUGGGAAGUCGAGGUUCCUUGAAUUCGAAGGAGGACACCACAACGAUACGUGUGUCCAGCAAGGAUAUUGGACUGCAGUCGCUGACUUUGUGGCAAGUUUGAGUCAGCAUUAA